GCAUCAGCUGCAGCAGCAGCAGCAGCAGCAAAUGAAGCAGCAGCAGCAGCAGCAAAUGGAGCAGCAGCAGCAAGUGCAACAGAUGAGCAGCAAAUGCGGCAGCCGCUGCAGCAACACCGGCAGAGAUACCAUCAAUGCAGCAGCAGCAGCAGCAGCAACAGCAGCAGAGAAACCACCACUGCAGCAGCAGUAGCAGCGGCGCACGCGAGAACGCAGACAGCAGCAACACCAGAGGCAGCACCCGACCCAGCAGCUGCAGCAGCAGCACAGCACGUAGCAGCAGCAGCAGCAGCAGCAGCAGCAUCUCACCUUGUGAUGUCUGCAAGAGUCUUCCUUGUUGCUGCUGGGGUCAAAGACCCGGCCCUCCGCCACUUGUGGCUGCUGCCGUGCGCCAUCAUGCAGCAGCAGCAGCAGCAACAGCAGCAGCAGCAGCAGCAGGGAAAGCAGGGAGCAGCACGAGCAGCAGAGCAGGGAGCUGCAGCAACGCGGGGUGCAGAUUCCGCACUGCUGGCGGGGAGCAAUGAGAUCUAA